CAAAUUUAUUAUUUUAAAUAUAUCGUGUAUUAAGUACCUAUUAUCGAACAGAACCUGAUAUCGGACGGUUUGUUUUGGUUCUAUAUGCGCAUGCGCAAAAGUGCGCAUGACGUCGCAUCCAUAAACAAAUUGUCAUUCAUGCAGUCUGUGACCUACUUGCCCACUAAGCUUGCAACAAAUGCGCCGAAAACAGUGUACAUUCAACUAACGCUUCCACCAUCCUUAAAAAACAGUUCCAGAAUUAAGUCAUUACCCAAUUAUGCGCAACAGCUGGUAACAUAUAUUACAGAGCACGGAUUGCUUGCAUUUUAAUCUGUGAAAAUGCCGUAUGAACGAAGUGGAGGUAAACAAUGUGCUGUUGUGGGUUGUAAGAACAACCAAAAGAAACUCUAUGAAUGAACUAAUGCUGUCUGCAAAGAACAUAAUAUGCAACACAAAGACUGUCCAUGUUUACAGCCAUUUAGAUUUCAUUGCAUUCCAAAGGAUGAAGAUAUGAGAAUGGCCUGGAUCAAAUCAAUCAAUAGAAAGGACUUGAAGUUCAAGCCAUCAUCCAAAUCAUUGGUUUGCUCAUUGCAUUUCCUCGAUGGAAGACCGACAAACCAGAACCCUAUUCCAGUUGUUAACAUGGGAAUGACACGGACACAGAAAAGUCCUGUUCUGGCGACCUCCAAAAAGUACAAAAGAAGAAAAGUAGAGGCUGAACGCAACACCAUGGAAAGUGACACAGGAAGUGAGAGUGCGAUUAUAAAGACAUUUUAUUCCACAACCCAAACUAGCGGUAACACUUUAUCGGCUAGGUUAAGUGGGAAGACCUUAAAAUCAGACCAAACACUAGAUAACUCUGUUUGUGUCAAAGUCGAGACUGAUGAAUGGUAUAAUACGGCUGCUGGUUUUUAUUCUGCGUCUGCCAAAUUAGAACAGGUUCAAGGGGACGAGAUACAUUCAGAUUGCAACAAACAAGAUGGCUUCAAUUUAAUACAUGAACAAACAGGAUGUUUACGGCUGGAUCAAGAUUACACCAAACAAGCUGGCUUCACCACCGAAUGUGUUAAAUCAGAACAGACAGAAUGUGAAGUUAUGCAUCAAGAUGUGACCAGACAAGCUUGCGUCAAUUAUGUGUGUGUCAACACAAAAACUACUAUCAAUUCAAAUGCAAACACUGCACAUGAUGAGCUCCAUUCUGUAUGUGGGAAGAAAAAACAAUCUCUAAAUCCUAAUACGGACCGAAUUUAUAUAACAACAAAUAGCUUCAAAUCUGUAUGUGGUAAAGCUAAACAGGAUAUAAAUACAGAUACAGUCAAUGAAAAUACAUUUAGAACAGCAAAUGAUCACAAUUCUUUAUGUGGGAAAAGAAUAUGGACUUAUCAUUCAGCAACACCCGACAUACUGAAUGUUCAGACUGCACAUUCCAGUGGUUCACGAAGUUGUUCUUUACUUCCGAAUAUGAUGACUGUGUAUUCUGCUGAUCAGCAUUUGCCGAUACCAAUCAAUUCAUCUCUGCAUGCAAAUGAAAGCGCUUGCACUUCCAAUGUAAAAACAGAUGUUUCAAAGGAAGCUGAUGACCGACUUUUAUUGCAAAGCUGGUAUGCCCUGCCCUCCGAGAAUCAUAUUCAUACAAUAGAAAGACGUGUAAUCGAUGAUACAACUAGUUCUCUCAAUUCAAAGUCAAAUUUAUCACAAAACAUUACUGAAAGUCAGAGCAAUGGAAUGCCUUUGUCUGUAAGUUUUAACAUGGAAGAAUUUGCAGUGACACCCGAGGUAAAUUCAAAUCUAGCAGCAGAAUCUGUUGAAUCUUCUGGUAUCUUUGUAGAGAUAUUCAUUGAAAGAAACAAAAGAAAAAGCGAGAUAUAUCAGCCAACUUAUCCGUCGCCAAAGAGGGUUCGAUGUCAAGGUUCAUCCAGAGGCAUUGUUCAACCAAGGAUGCCUUCAGCAAGAGACAAUGCGGUGACAAGGACUGACUGUAUUGAUCUGAAAUCAGCUAAGAUAAAAUUGGACGCAGAGGGUGUCCGAGUGAAGAAAGUUAAGAGAAUGAAGGAAGCCAAGACCCAAGAAAAGGUCACGACUGAUUUCAGUCUUCAAGAGAGGAACCAUGCCAGCUGUAUGAACAAGGAACCUCGAGAUAAUGACCAUUUUCUCUACUGUGGAGAAUGCAACAAGGACUUUAAAGGGGACUGCCCUGCCCAUGGUCCCUACAACUACAUACAGGAUAAGGAGGUGCCAGAAGGGGAUCCUCUUAAAGCUGACCAUACAUUGCCAGAUUGCCUUGAUAUUAAAAGCUCCAAAAUAGUUGGAGCUGGUCUUGGAGUGUUUUCCAAGGUGGCACUGGAGUCCAGGAUCAUGUUUGGACCAUAUGAGGGCGAUAUCAUCACUGUCAACCAAAAGUCAGGAUAUUGCUGGCAGGUCUAUAAGGAAGGAAAAGCGAGCCACUUUGUGGAUGCCCAGAACAAGGCCACCUCUAACUGGAUGAGAUAUGUGAAUUGUGCAAUGAAGGAGGCAGAUAAGAACAUUGUAGCAUUCCAGUACAAAGGAGGCAUCUAUUACUGUACAUUGAAGCCAAUUUCAUCAGGAGAGGAACUGCUGGUCUGGUACAGAGAUGAAUUUGCCAGAGAACUAGGCCUUAUCAGAGACGAUAAUUUGUGCAGUUAUUCCAGUAAAAACAGUGGUCACUUGAAGGCACGCAUGAAGAAACAUACAGGAGAGAGACAGUUAAAGUGUGAGGUGUGUGGCUAUUUAAGUAAAUAUAGUGGUUACUUGAAGACACACAUGAGGACACAUACAGGAGAGAGACCGUACAAGUGUGAGGUGUGUGGUAAUGCAUAUAAGCGGAAUGAUGACUUGAAGACACACAUGAGGAAACAUACAGAAGAAAGGCCAUACAAGUGUAAGCUUUGUGGUUAUGCAUGUAAAACGAUUGGUAACUUGAAGAAACACAUGAGGAUACAUGCAGAACAAAAACUGUACAAGUGUGACGUGUGUUGUUACGUAUUUUACCAGAUUGGUAGGUUGAAGAAACACAUGAUGAUACAUAAAGGGGAAAGACCAUACAAAUUUGAGGUAUGUGGUUAUGCAUGUAACCAGAAUGGUGAUUUGAAGACACACAUGGGGAUACCUACAGAAGAAAUGCCAUACAAGUGUGAGGUGUGUGGUUAUGAAUGUAACAAUAGUGGUAACUUGAAGAGACACAGACGAAUACAUACAGGAGAAAGACCCUUUAAGUGUGAGAUGUGUGGUCAUGCAUUCAUCCGAAAUAGUGACUUGACGAGUCACAUGAGGAUACAUACAGGAGAAAGGCCAUACAAGUGUGAGGUGUGUGGUUAUGCAUGUAACAAUAGUGGUACCUUGUCGAGACACAUGAUGAUACAUACCGGAGAAAGACCCUGCAAGUGUGAAGUGUGUGGUUAUGCAUGUUACCGGAAUUGUGACUUGAAGACACACAUGAGGAUACAUACAGGAGAAAAGCCAUUCAAGUGUGAGGUGUGUGGCUAUGCAUGUAACAAUAGUAAUAACUUUACGAAACACAUGAGGAUACAUACAGGAGAAAGACCUUACAAGUGUGAGGUGUGUGGUUACGCAUUUAACGAGAGUGGUACCUUGAAGAAACACAUGAUGACACAUACCGGGGAAAGACCGUACACGUGUGAGGUGUGUGGUUAUUCAUGUAACCGGAAUGCUUGCUUGAAGAGACACAUAAGGAUACAUACACGAGAGAGAGCUGGUCGAAAAUAAGUAUACUGUGUGUCAGUCAUAAGUUCAUGUUUAAUAAAUGAAAUUUUACGACUAACACAUGUUAAUUUCAGUUUGCAAAGUAUUUGACACAUUUAUGUUUAUAUCAUAGUGCCUUUUUUUACAUUUCUUUAGACUCGAUUAAGUAGGUGAAAUAUAUGUACAUGCCAUAAAUGAAAUAUUGAAUUGUAAAAAAAAUGAAAUCAAAUUUGAUUCGUUAGGAAAUAAUAUGCAUGAAAAUAAUUUUGUAAAGUGCUUAAGAAUACUGUUAAACCAUGCAUAUUCGUCAAUAUGAAAUUUCGUUGUGUUUCAAAAAAGACUAGUUCGCCAAUACUUUAAUCUGCUAUGAUUUUGAAAAAAAACAAUGCGUCGGUAUUUUUGCCGUUGAACUUGUAAUAAUUGUUCACGAUAAAUCGCUUUGUAGAGAGGCUGGUAACUUAGAAUGCACUUGCAUGAGGUCGCACAAUCAACUUUUUACUUAGUUAUGAGGUUAUAGUUACUGGAUCUUCUUAUUCAAGGCCAAUGAACUAGUUCAUUGGUAUUAAUCGCGGAAAAGUGGUACUGAAUUUCUGUUAAAGGAGUGUUUGAAGCGACGACGAAAAUUUCCAAUUAGUCUUAUUCAUUUACAGUCAAUACAGACAGACAUACAAUAUUAUAGGUAUAAGCAAUAUUAUAAGCAAAUUAUAUAUUGUUAAAUUUGAAGCAUCUAUGGAAAACACAAUUUGUUAUAAAGUUGUUAACAAUUCGCGCUUAUCCUUACGACUCUACAUAAAUGAAGUAAUCGUUAUCGAUACAAUUUAACCGGAUUUGCAAUAAACAAGAUAUGUUGUCUGUCAGUAAAAACAGGUUGAAGGAUCACGUUACUGUAUGGUGAUCCCAAUUAAACGUAAAUGGAUGUAAAUUAAAUUUUUAAGUGGUGCUUUUUAAAAAAUAACUUUUAAAAACAUUCUUUCUUAGAAUUUCAACAAGCGCAUAAAAGAAUAUUUUGUGCUGCUGAUGGCGAUCCAAAAUACACCGGAAUUACUAUAUUUAAUUAGCCUGUUUUGUUGUUCAAAAUUCUAUUAAUACUACACGGUUAUGAAUUACGCAACAUGUAAUUUUGUCUCCUAUUUCAGAAGUAUUCAAUGAUUUAUUCUUUUCCCUUAAGUUAUUCCCCCCCCCCCCCCCCCUGAAAACCCCUUUGAUUCUUCACCCUGGUUAAGUACACAGUAUAAUGUACUCCACAUUGUGUAAUACUAGUAACUGGAUGUAUCUUGAUUGCAAAACAGACGCAAGUAAGAGUGUUAAACUUGUUAUUUAAAACCAAAUGGAAUAUUUCAGGUUUUUAUGUCCCCCCAUUCUAUACUGGGAAACAUAUUGUUUUGCCGUGUCUGUUGGUUUGCGUCAAACUUAAACAUUUAUCAUAACUUUUGCAAUAUUGAAAAAAGCAACAUAUUUUGCAUGCAUGUGUAUCUCAUGGAGCUGCACAUUUUGAGUGGUGAAAUGUCAAGGUCAAUGUCAUUCUUCACGGUCAAAGGUCAAAUAUAUGGGUCAGAAUCGCUCAUUUAAUAUACACUUUUGCAAUAUUGAAGAUAACAACUUGAUAUUUGGCAUAUUUGGCAUUUGGUGUAUCUCAUAGAGCUGCACAUUAAAUGGUUAAAGGUCAAGGUCAAGGUCAUCCUUCAUGGUCAAAGGUAAAAUGUAUGAGGGGACAUAAUGUUUCUCAAACACAUCUUGUUUUAACUUUGUUUUCAAAGUAGUAUAAAUCAUCUAUAAACCAGUUUUGGAUUCUGCACACUUCUUAAACCUGUCAGAAAAAAUUGACAAACAAUUAAAAUGCCUUUCUAAUAUUUUGGUGCUGUCAGAAACAUCAAAUGCCUUUCUAACAUUUUGGUGCUGUCAGAAACAUCAACUAACUAAAAGUGUUUUUUUAAACAAGUAUUGUUUCCAGCAUGUCUCACGGAACACUUUGGAGGUCCUGCAGCGUUUUGAUUCUGAUAUUGUGUAUCAGAAAGUUUAGUUUUUGUGGUUCAAAAAGUAGUAUAAAAUCAGCUUUAAACCAGUUUAGGAUUCUUCACACUUCUGAAACCUAUCAGAAAAAUUUGACAAACAAUUAAAAUGUCUUACUAACAUUUGGGUACUGUCAAAAACAUAAACUAACUAAAUGUUUUUUUUAAAUACAAUUAAUUAUUGUUUCCAGCAUGCCUUACUUACAGGCAUUUUGGUUAAUAGUUAAAUAUUGCAUAAUAGUCAUUCACCUGUUGCCUUGUAAAAACUAACCUUUUGGCCAUGGUUGCCCAGCCUCCUGUCAAUACUUCUUUUAAAGAUUGAGCUUUCUCAGAAAGUAUUGUGGCUCACCACUUAUUUUAGAGGUCAUUGGCCGUUGGUCACUGCUUAUUUCCAUCCCUGUUUUGGAGGUGGUUAAUAUUCUUAGCGUUGUGAAAGGGCCCUUCUUCACAGUGCCAUGUCUUUUACACUCUUCGAGAACCAAAUGAAUUGAGGCCCAUUUACCAUACACUUUUUUGAGAAAGUUAAAUCUACAAAAUGGUUAAUAAGUCCCCUACCGGUUUCACCGGAGGGGACUUAUGGUUUGCGCUCCCUCUGUCCGUCCGUCACACUUUUCUGGAUCCUGCGAUAACUUUAAAAGUUCUUAACAUUUUUUCACGAAACUUGGAACAUGGAUAGAUGACAAUAUGGACAUUAUGCACGUCAUUUUAUUUUGUUCCUACGUCUAAAAUUCUGGUUGCAGUGGCAACAAAGAGACUUGAAAUACUGCUGAAAAUGGUGGUUUUCUGGAUCCUGCGAUAACUUCAAAAGUUCUUAAUAUUUUUUCAUGAAACUUGGAACACGGAUAGAUGGCAAUAUGGACAUUGUGCACGUCAUUUCAUUUUGUUCCUACGUCAAAAAUUCUUGUUGCUAUGGCAACAAAUAGACUAGAAAUACUGCUGAAAAUGGUGGUUUUCUGGAUCCUGUGUAAACUUUAAAAGUUCUUAAUUUUUUUUUCACGAAACUUGGAACAUGGAUAGAUGGCAAUAUGGACAUUUUGCACGUCAGUUCAUUUUGUUCCUACGUCAAAAAUUCUGGUUGCUAUGGCAACAAAUAAAAAAAAUAAAAACAAUUAAAAUCAAUGGUGGAACUUCUGACAAUGGUGGAGCCGGUAGGGGACUUUUAUUGCUUGACAAUAGGAUUAUGUUUAUAGUUCACCAGAGCGCAUUGUGCUGAUCAGAAGCUUCAAGAAACCCUGUCUUCUGUGAUCUGUAAUUCCGUGCAUCGGAUGCAUCUGUUAACUUUCUUAACACUUCUCAAGAAAUAUUGGCUGAUUUUAUUGAAACUUCAUAAGAAUAAUUAUUGGGUGACCCUCGUUCUAAAAUGUCUCAUCAUUUCAGUCUAUUGCAUGUGUAGGCCACUAGAGCUUAACACACAUUUUUAAGAAAACAUCGAAAAAUUCUCCGAAACCACAUGGUCAGGGCUUCAUAUAAUUAUUUGUGUUUAACAUCGUCUACUGGUGCUUAACUUAUUUUUUCCUAUCGUGCCUCUGGGGUAAAAAUUUGCAACACCUCAGUUAUCUCAUCAUAAAUAUAGACUUGUAUAAAGUAAACAUAAUUAAAAAUAUUCUCUUAAAGGACACGGCCUAGAAUUGUAACAUUUGACAUGUAAUUUUAUAUUAUGGUCCUCUACCAAGUUUGUUAGAAUCAUGCGGCUAAACUCACGAACUGGGGCUAUCCUAUUCUUGAAACGAUAAGGCCCAAAGAUAUGGUUUUCGAUAUGUAACAUCAAAUUGUGGUUCUGUAUCAAAUUGUUCAAAACAUACUUAUAUGGUAAAUAUUGGACCCUCUGUGUGGUUACUUGUUUACCGUAUAUGUAUAUAAUAUUUUAAAUAUUCAAAGCUUCUCUUAAACCUCAAGGCACAUACCUGGUAGGUUUGGUAUUUUGCCAGUUACAUCGUCUAGUGGUCCUCGACCAAGCUUCAUGUUAAAUCAAAUCAUGUUUAUGUGGUAGACAUUGGUCCCUUGUUGAGGUUUACUUUUUUGAAGUAUAUGUCUGGAGCGUUUGAAGGUGGUUUUGGAGGUUAAAAACAUGGCUACCAGAAUGUUCAAGUUUCCUUAAAUGGCUAUUCUGAAACAAAGCUAAUAUUGUAGAAUAUAUAACUAAUACAACGCUACUCAAAUAUUGUAAAUCAAUUGUUUAUAUUAAUCACUGUGCCAGAAUCACAUGGAAGGCCAGUUUAUGCAUAUACAUGUAUACUCAAUCGACACGUUCAACUUAUUACUACUCAUUACUACUUAUAAUAAGGCUUUUAACUACCCACCGUUUGUUCUUUAAAACACCCCAUAAACAGACCUAAAAUGCGACAUACCCCCCACCUAAAAAUACAAAAAGAAGUGAAUAUAUAUUACAGAAGUGGUUAUAAAGUAUUACUCGUUUGGAAGGAAUGAAUAUAAAUAUAUUGUAAAUGAUAACUGUUGACGAGAUGCCAUAGGCUUAUGUUGCAGGUUUAUAUUACCAAAGUUAGUAUGAUAUAAAACAUUAAUUUGUCCAUUGGAUUUUAUCAUUUUGACGGUAUAUUACCAGACUUGCAUGUAGAUAGAGUUUUGAUUUUUCAUGAAUCACUAGAAAUCAGAUUGUGAUCAUGUUCAUUUUGGUAAAUUGUUCAGUCAGUUUAAAGAAUUGUUUAAAAAAUGUAAUAUACGUGUAUUGUAAGAUUUGCUAUAUGUUUUUAAAUGACGAAAAAACUUAAUCUCUUCAAAGUAUUGUCGUACAAUUAAAGGUUUUUUCAUUUAUUUAUUGUACAGAACAGUGUUUCAUACUUAAGAUAUGAUUGCUUCCAUUUUAUAAACAGUGAAUCAUGUUUGCCUUGAUUAAGAAAUGUUCACUUGAGUAUAAAGUUAAAAUGUUACCACCUAGAUUAUAGAAAACUGGCACGUGUGUUGUUCAAUUUAUUAUUUCACUCUAUGCACUGGAAUUUCAAUUUAUAAUUCACUCAAUAACAGUAUUUAUAAAUUGGGCUUCGUGAUGCCGAAUUGGGUCUUACGCAUACGCGCAAUCUGGUCACGCUACAAUGUCCACUUUCAGUCAGACAAGGUUACGUGAUCUCCAGGGUAGCUCCUGACCAGACUGUGUUAAUUUGCAUACUGGUCUGUAGCUAUACUGGCUAUAUAAGACCCAUUUUCGCAUAAUGUGGCGAAACUUAUUUAGAGGAUACAUUUUCAUAAGCAUAACACGGCAUUUGUGAUGUGCUUUAGUUUGUUACACAUUCGUUAGAAAUGUUUUAAACGUGUUCAUGAUCUCACCGUUAGUAAUGUUUUCUUUUUGAACUAUUAAACAUGUUUUGUAUUAGAAUUAUGCAUAUGUACAUUUAAUCUGUAAUAUUAUUUGUUUUUAAAAUGAAAUAUGUUAUUCAAGCUUAAUAAAACCUAAACAAUA